UUUGCAAUGCACCGCAUCUGCAUGGCCCUUGCUUGCCAUUGAUUGAUACCUUUGCUUUUUGUCUUCUCUUUCAGUACUCCUUUGGUGCUUUCUUUUUGCUCCCAUUCUCUGUUUGAGAUAUUGAUGGCUAAUCCACAGACUCUGGCAGGUCUGCCUGAUGGAUCUGAAUGAGUACGUACGUAAUCGCCCUCGAAUUACUGGGGGAUAGUCAAAUCAAGUACGUAGUAAUAGCAGUGGCAUCAGUAGAGUCCCUAGUCGCAGCAAGAUAGUCGGUCGUCCCCAUCCCACGGCAGCAGUGCGGCGACGGCUCCUGGCCUAGGCGGCGUUUUGUCAACUAACGGAUUUGUUUUUGAUUAUGUCGCUGCGGGUUUUUAAUAACAAACCAAGCCCUCCGCUACGCUUUUGAUGCCUGCUUGCUACCGUGCAUACAAGGGUUCCCAAAUCGACGACCCAUCCACCCAUCCAUCCUCUACUAUCUUGUCGGCCGCCCCGCCACGGCGACACAUUUACACACAGACACUCAGCUUUACGCGCACACGAACCCGACUACGGGUCCAAAGUACUUAAGCAUAUCCACGCCCCGGAUCCCUUAUCGCUCCUCUCCACUCAUUCACCUACCGCUUUUCCCCAUUCAAUCUACCCUACCUUGCCCUAUCCUUGCAUCCUUUGUGGCUUGCUGCCUUCUUGCGGUUGACUCCUACAUCUAUAAACACCCUCCUCCUCCACCCCCAUUCAAGUCCAUACAUCGUCUUCCUCUUAUCAUCCACUCUUCCUCCCUCCAAUCCUCAAGCCAUCCUCCCACUCUUGCUCUUCUAUAUACCAUACACAGCACAUUCCCACAUACACACACAACCGCAGUCAUGGCUGAUUCAACAAUUCUCUCCAACACCGCCAACCUCGAGAAAUACCUCAAGCUCCCCCAGAAUGGCAAGGUCAUCGCCGAGUACGUCUGGAUAGACGGCUCCAACGGCGUGCGCUCCAAGUGCAAAACCAUGAACAAGAAGCCCGAAAAGGUUUCCGAUCUGGCAGAGUGGAACUUUGACGGCUCUUCGACCGGCCAGGCCCCUGGCCACGACUCUGAUGUCUACCUCCGCCCCGUUGCCUUUUACCCCGACCCUUUCCGCCUGGGCGACAAUGUCCUCGUCAUGUGCGAGACGUAUUCGUCUGAUGGCAAGCCCAACAAGUACAACUACCGCCACGACGCCGCCAUUGUGUUAGAGAAGCACGCCGAGCACGAGUUCUGGUUCGGUCUUGAGCAGGAAUACACUCUCCUCGACGCCCAGGGCUGGCCAUAUGGCUGGCCCAAGAACGGCUUCCCUGCGCCUCAGGGUCCCUACUACUGUGGUGUGGGCACUGGCAAGGUCUUUUGCCGCGACAUCGUCGAGGCUCACUACAAGGCCUGCAUGUACGCCGGCAUCAACAUCUCAGGUACCAACGCCGAGGUCAUGCCUGCCCAGUGGGAAUACCAGGUCGGCCCUUGCGCCGGUAUUAGCAUGGGCGACGAGCUCUGGAUGUCCCGAUUUCUGCUACACCGUGUGGCCGAGGAGUUUGGUGCCAAGGUCACCUUUGCCCCCAAGCCCAUCCCCGGCGACUGGAACGGUGCCGGUCUUCACACCAACGUCUCCACCAAGGAGACUCGCGCCGAGGGUGGCAUGAAGGCCAUCGAGGCCGCCAUGGAGAAGCUCGCCGGCCGCCAGAAGGAGCACAUGGCCGUCUACGGAGAGGACAACCAGCUCCGCAUGACUGGUGCUCACGAGACAUCGUCGUACGACAAGUUUUCCUGGGGAGUCGCCAACCGUGGCUCUUCAGUCCGCAUUCCCCGCUCCGUUGCUGCUGAGGGCAAGGGGUACUUCGAGGACCGCCGCCCUGCCUCCAACGGCGACCCAUACCAGAUCACCGGCAUCAUGUGCGAAACCAUGUACGGCAAGGUCGAGGGUGCUGAUGUGGCCGCUUUCGCUUCAAAAGCCCCCGGAGAGGAGCUUGAGAUGGUUGUCCCCAUCUCGAAGCCGUAAAUUUUACAAUCCUCCGAAUACCCCCUCUCACCCUCUUAGACCUAUGAUAUCACAUUGGAUUUGCGCAUCGGGAUAGAUGACUCUUUUUGCUUGGCGUCUUUUGUUCCGCGACCACGACCUCCCUUCUUGCAUACACCACACACACCCCUUCCAUACCCCACCACCGCAACUUGCCUUCUUCCUUCUUUCCAGCUGUCAGAGCGAAAGCAAGAUUCGUAUCUUUCUGGUUCGGAUUCGAAUGGCCUGUCCUUUUCUUGGAGACAUAAAUCCUCAC